AUGGAGACAGAAUCGCCAUUUCCGCUAGCAGCGGCAACCAAAGCAUGCCUUGAGAGCUUCUGUAAUCUUGUAUCGAAUCUGGAAACGCGGAAAGACUUUCAACAUAAAGAGUUAUCUGCAGAAUUGGCGAAGAACCAGCGGGAUCGCUUCAAAAUCUGGGCGGCCGGCCUGGGGGCACUUGCAAACGGGAACGCGUCACUCGACUUCCGUUUGAUGGAGGCAUCACUUUUGAAAGACACCAUUUUGAGGUUUCUCGCCGACUUGGAUGCCUUUAUAUGCCGAACUUUUGCAGACGAUCUGAUUGUGAACGAUUCAAGCAAGCCCGUGGAAGAAGCUGUUUGUGUAAGUCGUGAGGACGAUUCGGAAUCAAGUGAUGGUGGGAGCGUUUCAGCCGAGACCAUCCAGUACGAUGAUAUCAACAAUAAAGUACAGAGCGAGAUAGGCUACAACUCGUCUCAAAUCGAUCAAACACUCGCAGCACUCGUCAAAAUCUCGUUCCAGAUCAGAGGGUCUUCUUCUAGAGCGACACAGUCGAAUCAAAAAGCCUUGUCAUACAAGGAACCUCCCAAUCCUGAAGAUCCAUCCGUACUUGACAUUCUGGGAGGGUACUCGUAUUACGACCAUCGACAUGUGGAGGAAUUUUUCCGACUGAUAAGAAGAGAGACGCCGAAUCGAUCACCCGAACAAAGUCGUGGACAAUCUCAUCAACAGACUCCAAGUUUUGUACCAUCCGAGGAACAAGAGAACACCUUCGGCUUAUAUCUUGUUCGGCGUUGGGGUAAUUCAAUCACGAAUCGCAGGCGGGUUUUUGCAUAUUGGCGAAGACAUGCUCGGAAACUGGCCAAGGAUGAGUUUCCGUCCACCACUCGAAAUAUCAAGCAGAAGAUGCCGUUGAUAUCUUCAAGCACUGUCCAUGACAAAGGGGUCGAGCCCGCCAAACCACCUAUUCCUCCUCUUCAACCAAAGCUCGUUCCCCUUGUCCCGAAUGAUUCCGCAUCCGGUUCUGUGAGUCCGACAAUUUAUUCCGGAACCGAAGCCUCGAGACUCGAAUUCAGCAAUUUGAGCGCUGAUACCGAUUCGGUCGUGUCCUAUUGCUCGACCGCCCUGGAUCUUAACGGCAAUCCGACAGAGCUCCCUUCUUCACCGGUAUUGAGAGGGGGUCAAAGAGAAUUCAUCUGUCCUUGCUGUUGCGUGGUUUGCCCUGCAAACGAAGGCAAAGACAAACACUGGCGGGAGCAUAUUUUACGAGAUCUCCGGCCUUAUAUGUGCACCUAUGAUCAGUGUGAGCAAGCCGAAGUCAUGUAUUGGAGUAGACUGGCCUGGAUAGAGCACGAAUCACAGUCUCAUCGCAGAGUUUGGCGGUGUUUCGAGCACCAGGACUUAUUCAAAACGCAAGUGGGGUUAGCCCAACACUUGCGAAGCUCCCACUCAAGCCUAGGAGAAUAUCAGAUCGAGGCAUUGUCUAAGCUUGCCCAUGCAAGCACCAAGGAUGAACGGCAGCUUUGCCCGUUCUGCCUCUCUUGCGGUCCCUUUGAGAAGAGUCUUGUCAAUCACAUGGCUUCUCAUAUGGAAAGACUUGCUACCUUCGCCGCUCCAAGGUCUUAUGGCGAUGACGACAAUUCCGUUCCCGGAACGCGAGGCUGCAAACGGGCGAAUAGGAACCCAUUUGAGGAUCAUCUAAAUAAAGAAAGUCUUGCUCGCCUUGCUACCAUCGACAUGAGAGUAGGGCAAGACGGAAAUGACGCUAUUCGAUGGUACGAAAUUUGGGACACGCUACAACCAAAUUGCGCAAGGCCGCUGUCGCAUCUCAUGAACCAAGCCUUCAUUACGGAUUUGAAAGAACUUCUCGCUGGUCACAAUCAACCACAAUUAAUGAAUUUUCCGACUUGCGGCGUAAGAGGUUACGAAAUGGAUGCUGGGGGAUCUCCCGAGGAAUCGCCAAUUAUAGCAAUAAGGAGAGGACGUAUGGAUCUCGUCCGUAGAAUAAAAUGGCAGACAGGAACUGAGGGUGCAGGCCUACUUUGCGUAGCUGCAGAAGAGGGAAACGUUGCUAUUAUUUCCCUUCUUCUGGUCAACGGUGCCGAUCCCCAUUUUGCCGAUAAGACAGGACAAACCCCAUUAUGGGUUGCGGCUGGAAAAGGGCAUCUUGACGCCACGAGAAGCCUGGUUGACGCAGGAGCACGGGUCGAUAUGAUUAAUAGUGCAGAUCAAUCGCCCCUAUUCAUCGCUGCCGCCGAAGGCCAUAGCAAUGUCGUACAAUAUCUGCUGCAGGUUGGAGCGGAUUCGAAGUUGGAAGAUCAAAAUGGUAGGACACCACUGGCCUUUGCAGUUUACAGGAGCCACGAGGAUGUUGUUAGACUUCUCAUGGAUUACAGCACAACGAAGACCCGCAAGCAUAUUCUUUCUGGGGCUGAGAAGGCUGCUUUAAGACCAAUAACGCCAUUGAAGCGGACAAGGGAAUGGACCAUCCCUGGAAACAUAAAUCAGGGAGGAUGA